AUGGCGUCAGCACAUGGAGAGCAACCAAAUAAAGAUGCCAACUGUAGAGCUUGCCAGCGUCCUGACGAUGCAGAGGAUAUGGUCCAGUGUGACCAAUGUGAUUGCUGGCAGCAUUUCACAUGCGCGGGAGUGAGGGACGACGUAACGAACCGUUCUUGGGCGUGCGGCAAAUGUAAUGCCAUGGAAGCUGGUGAAACUAUCUCGCUGAUGAGCAAGUCCAGUCGCGCAAGCUCGACAUUUUCUAUCGACUUGAGUAACCUAGUUGAGAAACAGAGGUUAGAACGAGCACGUGUGGAGUUGGAAUUACAACGUCGUCAUUUAGAUGAGCAGCAGAAGUUGAUUGCUAAUGCUGUAGAGGGGAACGAAACGCGCAGCCAAUGCAGUGAAAUUUUCGAGCGCGACGAGUGCCAUAACGCCACAGCGACUUGUACUCCCCCAGCAGCGCCACGCGUUGCAUCUGAUCGUCGUUCACCGAUGCCAUUGGAAACACCCAGAUCUAUUCUGCCACCGAUGGUUUCAAUUCCCCUCGCAGUUCUAAGCCGACCCGUUUCGAGAUCUCUGUCGGGAAUGGAUGAACGUCGAAAAGCAUUAAUCAAGCUGAAGGAUCAUGUGGAACUAUGUGAGGCCCGCGCUACACCAACACCUGAGCAACUGUCUGAGUUACAAGCUCAGCUCGAGAGCCGCCGAAAAAUGCUAGAGAAGUUCCAGCCCGGAGGUAACAACCGCGAAUCAUUCCAGCAUACGGAAGAGUCCAGCUCAUUAAACCCAGCGAGCGUGAAGGCAGCAGUGAAUAAGCCUUGUUGGCAGAAGCCAACUGGGGCAAUCCCGAAGACGGAAAGGACACUACCAACAGUUCCGUUUCCCCGCUGA